ACCGUGCCUUCACAGAACGACCUGCUGGCCUGGAUCGCCCGCUCGCUGUCCUUACGCGAUCACUUCACCUUGACAAGCAAACUUCAGGAAAAGCAGGAAGCCGUACACGAUGGUUCUGCGCUGGCGCCAGCUGCGCCUGCUGCUCUGGAAGAGCGUCUAUCUGUACAGGCUUCGCCGCAACUGGGCCAUCACGGCGCUGGAGGUGCUGACGCCGCUGCUGCUGACGCUGGUGCAGAACUAUCUGCACUGCAACGGCUACAGCGUGGGCGACACACCGCUGCCCAUACCCACCGUUGGCACCACGUUCGCCGGCAGCGACACCGACGAGCCCAGCGUGGUCAGGCCUUCAAUCAACUUCCCUUCCUCCAUUGGCUUCGUUCCGGCGCCAGGCAACGUUACCGGCGAGGAGGUCCUGCGCCAGGCCUUUCCUGCUGUCAAGCUGGAGCCGUUCCCCACCGAGUCCGAGAUGGUGGCCAACUUGUCCGUGCGCACCAAUGCGCUGGGCCUGGCCAACAACUACGGCGUCGUUUUCGAACGGGCCGAGCAGGGCGUGCUCAGCUACAAGCUUCGAUUCCCGUCCUGGCAGGAAUUCUACACCAGGCAGACCUUUGUGGGCAGCGGCGCCAAGAAACAACCGCCCUUUUGGAUGAACGGCAAGUCAUCCAGCUGCCCGCUGGUUCACACCCACAGCACUGCCGUCACACCACUCAGCUGA